AUGGAGAAGAUUGAGGUGCACAGGGUAAUUAACUUCUUGCUCUUGAAGGGAUGCACUGCACGACAAAUUCAGGAUGAGAUGAAAUCUGUUUAUGGUGAUGAUAGCCCAUCCUAUGACACUGUUGUGAGAUGGAAAAGGAAUUUCCAAACCGGUCACAUGUCCUUCACUGAGCCAAGAAGUGGACGCCCCUCACUGACUGAUGACAUGGACACCGUGAACAAAGUCGAGGCGCUGAGUCAGGAAAAUCGCCGUGUAACAAUACAAAUGGCUAUGCAUGAGACCGACUUGAGCUAUGGCAGUGCAUGGAACAUCAUUCAUAACCAACUGCACAUGUUCAAAGUGUCAGUACGCUGGGUUCCCGCUUACUGA